AUGCAAAACCAAAGUUUUGUAACUGAAUUUGUCCUUCUGGGACUUUCACAGAAUCCAAAUCUUCAGAAAAUAAUAUUUGUUGUAUUUCUGAUAAUCUACCUUGCAACAGUCAGUGGGAACCUGCUGAUUGUGGUGACCAUCGUGAGCAGUCCAGCGCUCCUGGGCUGCCCCAUGUACUUCUUCCUGGCUUUUCUAUCCUUUAUGGAUGUGUGUGUCUCCUCUGCCAUUGCCCCAAAGAUGAUUUUUGACCUUCUCCGUGAAAAGAAAACCAUCUCCUUUGCAGGCUGUCUGACACAGGUCUUUGUUGGACAUGUUUUUGUUGGGACAGAGAUGAUCAUUCUCUCAGCCAUGGCCUAUGACAGGUAUGUGGCCAUCUGCAAGCCCUUGCACUAUUCUACCAUCAUGAACUCAAGACUCUGCUGCACUUUGAUUGGUGUAGCCUGGAUGGGGGGAAUUCUUCAUUCCAUUAUCCAAAUUGCCUUUACUUCCAGGCUGUCCUUCUGUGGUCCCAAUGUCAUUGAUCAUUUCACAUGUGACUUGUUCCCAUUACUGAGACUUGCCUGCACUGAUACUUAUGUCGUGGGCCUUUUGGUGGUGACCAACAGUGGAUUCCUUUGCAUCUUAAUCUUUUCCAUGUUGCUUGUGUCUUACGGGGUCAUCCUAUUCUCUCUGAGAAGUCACAGCAGUGAAGGACAGAAGAAAGCCCUCUCCACCUGUGGAUCACAUGUUGCUGUUGUAGUUAUGUUAUUUGUCCCAUGUAUAUAUGAGUAUGCACGACCUCCAAUUGUUUUCUCCUUUGAUAAAAUGGUGGAGAUCUUCUACACUAUGGUAACUCCUCUCCUGAAUCCUAUAAUUUAUACAUUCAGGAAUAAGGAAGUGAAGAAUGCCAUGAGCAAACUGAGGAAAAGAUUAACAGCUAUGUCUGAUAGAAAAUAA